AUCUAAAAAUAUCUCAUACAAAACGUUGGAAUAAUCAAAUUCAGUAUCUGCAUAUGAGGUGCUGAGGUACAGUGUAGGAAACGCAAUAACUAAAUAAUAAAUAAAUAAAUAAAUAAUAAACAUGUUCCAACAAUUCUUACAUAUUAAUGGACGAAAUGCAUCUUGCAUAUUCAUUUAAUCCUCCAAAAUUAAACUUAUUUAAUGAUUAGUUAAGCAAUAGAUCAGAACAAUAUUGUAGAUUUAUUAUCGAUGUACAGCAAGGUAGCAGAAAGGAUAUCGGAAUAAAAUCGUUAGGAGAACGUUGGGGAAGCGUUAUACUUCCGUAAAAAAAUAAAUAAAUAAACAAUAAUAAAAAAAAUUCUAACGUUCUUUGGCUAAAGAGAACGUUAGGAUUCCCGUUCUAGAAAAGUUCUGGGAACCAAAAAUUGUUAGCUGGAAUAUUACUAAGUUUACUGUAUGAUCAAAAUGUCACUUGACAAAAUAAGUCCAAUAAAAUCCUAAUUUAUGCCUGUACCUCCCCUCUAAAUCAGUCGCUCUUUUUAAUAGGUAAACGUGAAGUAAUUUGCAUCAAUCUGCAUAAUUCAUGAACGGUGACUCUAUGGCCCCGCCUCCGCGCGAGUGGUCAACAGUGGUUUAAGAUGGCUGCACUGCCGCUGGUGAGAGUCGCGCUGCUCAUCAUCUUCUCCGUGUUUCUCACGCUCAUCCUGGGUUUCGGCCUGCCGUCUGCCCUCAACCUCAUCGCGCGCUGCUGCGGCUUCCCGGAGGCGAGCGUCACGGAAUGCAUCGUGUUCAUGUACGCGCUCUUCGUACUGUACGUGGCCAUGCCUCGACUGCCCCGCGGCACUGUGAAGGUUGAAGGAAAGGCUGUGCUUAUUACUGGCUGUGACAGUGGAUUUGGACAGGCAUUGGCCAAGCACUUGCACAGACUUGGCUUUUCUGUGUUUGCAGCCUGUCUUUUUAAGGAUGGAGAAGGUGCGAAAGAUCUGGAGAAUCUUCAUUCUGAACAGCUGAAGGUUGUACAGAUGGAUGUCUGCAGUGAGGAGCAGGUCUCUCAGGCUGUUCAGUUUGUGACCGCCAACCUGGAAGACCCAGAGAAAGGUCUGUGGGCGGUGGUGAACAAUGCUGGUAUCUCGACGUUCGGUGAGGUGGAGUUCACAACCAUGGACACGUACAAGCAAGUUUCAGAGGUCAACCUGUGGGGCACCAUCAGAGUAACCAAAGCCUUUCUGCCUCUUAUCCGCAGAGCUAGAGGACGCGUGGUGAACAUGGCGAGCAUGUAUGGCAGAAUGGGAAACGCUCUCCGAUCUCCAUACUGUGUCUCCAAAUAUGGCGUGGAGGCGUUUUCGGACUGUCUCAGGUAUGAAAUGAAGGCCUGGGGUGUCAAAGUUUCUGUCAUCGAGCCAGGAAACUUUAUCGUGGCCACGGGCAUCAUAACACGCGAUAUAGUAACGUCAACAGCAGAGAAGCUCUGGAAGGAGGCGCCCCCUGGUGUUCAGGAGGACUAUGGGAAAGCUCACUUCGAGCAGUACAUGGCUCUUAUGCGCUCCUACUGCAACACGGGCCAACGGGAAAUUGAUCCUGUUUUAGACGACAUCACAGAUGCCAUCACAUCCAAAUGGCCCUACACACGGUACAACCCUAUGGAGCCGCAUUGGUGGAUUCGCAUGCAAGUCAUGACCCAUUUUCCGGGAGCUAUUUCAGACAGACUGUACUUCUAAUGAGAUGACAACUCCCUGCCAUCCAGUAUAUUGUUACAGAGUUAACCAAUGAAUUAUUAUAUGCCUUAAACUGUACUUAACGGAAUCCUUAUACUGCUUUGAUUUAGUAGCACUCGGUUUGAAAAAGAAUCACAUAGAUUUUAAAGGAAUAUUCUGGGUUAUAUUCAGUUUGAGUUCUGUCAGCAGCAUCUGUUGCCUGCUGUUGAUUACCACAGAAAAUAAUGUUGAUUCGUCCCUUGGUUUGUAAAAAAUGAAUGGAACAUUUAUAGUAAUAUACUUAAAAUUAGAGUCAAGCAGCAGUCUUGGGGACCAGAAGUAACUACAGUAUUAACUUAGUUACAUUUUGAAAUUGUCUGUUAACAAGUUACUUUGUCGAAGUAGCGUGACAAAAUGCUACAUCGCAAUGCUGACAUCCAUUGCGAGAUACAUGAGCAUUGCCACUAGUGAAAACCAAAUGUCAUAUAUAAAAAAAAUUGCAUUUUGACUUGUUGUAAUUCAGUUGUUGAUAUCAGGAAUGGACAUUUGCAUUAGUAACAAUAAUUAAACAAUAAUAAUUAUUGAUAGCAAAAUGAUUGUUUUUACUAGUAAGUAGUAUAUUGCUGUAACUAGUAAGAAAUUCAUUAUAGAAAUCUGUAAUUGCUUUGUGAACAGUAGUAAAUGACAGAUCAUUGUGAAAUUCUACUAGUGAAUAUGCAGUUACAGUUUUUAUUUACUUUUUGAAAAUCUAGUUUUGUUAUUAAGAAUGUGCAUUUCUGUGAGUAAUUGUCAUUUUAUAUCAAGAACGAACAUUUUUACUAGUGCAAAUGCAAUUUGAUAUAAAAAAUUUACAUGUUCAGUUAAAGUAAUUCCUUGCUGAUCUCAAGAAUUAGCAUUGUUACUAGUGAAAAUUGAAUUAUGGAUAUCUGUCAUUCAUAUCCUGCUUAUGUUGAAAGGGCGAUAACUGGUACCCUCACAAAGAUAUCAAACAUUUAGUUUUUUUAGAAGCUGCUUAAAUAAUUUUGCACAGGUAAGGUUGUUUAGCAGUUAGCAUGCUAACAAGUAUUAUGUUUAAAUACUUUUGAAACGUGUUAUGGUUACUUUAAACGUUAGGCUUUCAUUCUAAGAGCAUUACUGUGAAUGCAGUAAGACAAAAUGUUUGUCUGUGGUGAAUGACCGCAGGCCACUGAUGCUAUCUAUAAAGCGUAAGUUGUGUUUAACCUGGAAUAUUUCAAAUGUAUGCACUUUGAUUCACUUUAUCAUAUUUAGGCUCAUAAAUGGUUAAACAUGUUUUAAAUUUGAACACUUCAUAGUAUUUUGUUUCCAUUUAAUCACACAGAUAUUUCCAUUGAGAGAUGAUGAAUAACCAGAGGCCUAAAGCCAGAUGUAGUUAAAAAAAAAAAAAAAAAAAAAAAAAAAGUACAUCUGUAUGGGUUGUGUGAUAUGGCAGUAUUCCUUGCCUUGUCAUAUCAUGCCUUGGUGAGAUUCAUUUCAAUGAAAGGUUGAACCACAGAUGAAUAAAGGAGGACACCUGUGGUUAGAAACAUACCACUCUUUAGCAUUACUGAGGGUUACAGGGUGAGCACACAUUCCCUUUAUGAAGACUUCCUCAAGAGAUGUCCACUCAGUAUUUUAUUUUAUUAUUAUUAUUAUUUUGCUUAAAAGAAUCAUGUAUACCGAAGGGUCCCAAUAGAGCUGUUCAGUCGUGACGUUAAAUUGUUGACAAACCUGGAAGGCUAAUUCGCCAUGGGUUCCUUCGGAAAUUUUCAAUUUAUGAGUAAAAUAAGGUCUGCGGUAAACAUUACUUGAAGACAACAUAAAUUACACACAGUCACACCUCAAAUGUGAUUUCUGAAGCAGCAGUUUAAAAAAAAAAAAAAAAAUGUACGGUGCUAACAGGUUGCUAAUUAAGGACUACAACUACCACAAGCACGUGAGUUUACGUGCCUGAUGAAACUGGAAACCAUUGUAGUCCUUAUCUAGCAACUUGUUAGCAACAUAAAAAACACGUUUGACUGUAUGUAAUUUAUUUUGUAGAGCAAAACAUCCAAGUAGUGUUUACUCAAUCUAAAACUGCUGUUGUAAAAACCUAUGGAAAAUUCUGAGGGAACCCAUGACUCAAAAAUGCUAAUUCUCUUCCACUGCAACUUGAACAGCUUUAUUAGCAUACUAGUGUAAGUAAGUACGAGCUGUUGAGGUAUAGACUACAGUGCAUCAUUAAUUUGCAUGUUGAUACCACAGACCUUGUUGCACACUAUAUUUACUGUAGGCUAAUUACUAUGUGGACAAAUGUUUGCCUUAAAUUUUAGGACCAUACAUUUAAACCUGCUGUAGGAGCUUCAAAUUCACAUUGUUUUACAUUUUUCUACAACUAAAAUUUCAAUAAAGAAUCAUCUCAAAGGGGUUUGAGGAAGGCUAAUAUUAGUCCAAAAAGCAUUCAUGAAUCUAUCCUUCAAAAUCCACCAGAAAUAUUGUACAUCAUCUGAGCACCUUUGACAUUAUUUUCAACACAUGAUUCCAUUACACAAAUGUUGCUCACUAAAUAAGACAGAGUAUGUGAACUGGGAAAUGUUCAUUAAAUAAAAGUUGAUAUUGUUUGUAAAUGUCCUCAUGUUGGCCACUAGAGGGAGCAGUCGAACUGGCACCUGAAGCUGUCAACAAACCUUUUUAAAUCAUUUGUACCAUACUUACAGUACAAUAGUAUUAUCGUAUGGUGUACUAUCAAACUAUAGUUAAAUGGCUACACAUUAUAUAACUGCUUAAUAAGGAACAUAAGUGUUUGCAUGGCUUUCUUGCUUGAUUUCCUAUCAAUGUGAAAUAAACACGGUAAGAUGCAACCUACAGUACAGAGAAUGUAAAUCCUCAACAAAAAUUUGUCCAUAUUUGUUUUUAAUACAACUGUUGCAAUCAUAUGCACAGAAUAUGGUAAUCCCCAUUGAUAUUUCAGGCAAUUCAGUGGCGUGAGUUGAGAAAUCGUGGGGAGUACGUUCUUUAUGUAGGGAAGCUUUCCGAUGAGUCAUUUGUUAUAAUGGCCACACGGUUAUGGAGAUGGAAUUGUUUCAUAUUAACAUACAAAUGGAAUCAGAUCCACAAAUAAAUGUGUUUCACAAAAAUGAAAUGAAUUCACAAAUGAAAUGAAUGAGAUUUAUAAAUAUAUGUUAGGAAUUUCACAAAAAUAAAGUGAAUUCACAAAUAAAAUUAUUUACAAAUACAUUUUUUAACUCACAAACACAACUCUGUCCAGCAUUCAUUUGUGAAUCGCGUGCAUUUGUGGAUCGCUUCCUGUGCAUUUGCGGAUCGCCACACGCAUUUGUCGAUUUUGAAACAAAUCUAGGGUCAAGACGUGCACACAAAUCUACAAAUAGGUGGACUCCACCCAUCGUCUACUCAAGCCAAUCAGAUAACGGCCACAUUACUUGGACCAAUCGUAGCAUGUUCUAUCUUCAACCAAUCAUGCUUCGUUUUACUAUCAGGGUGGGACCAGAGUCACAGCUCUCAUGAGCAUGGAAUCAAGCACAUACAGAUAAGCUCCAAGGGCACGAACUUUUAAAGAAACGGAUGUCAUCAGAGGAAUACUGUGACCUAAGGUUUGUAUCAAUUUCUCUCAGUUGUAGACAUGUAGUGUCUUGUUAAAUGUCGACAGCUGUCCUGAUCAUUAGCUUUAUAGCUAACCUGGCUGACUGUAUGUUAUUUUAAUUUUAAACAAGUUUCUUAACUGACAUGUCGUCAAAACCUUUACUCUUAAUGUUACAUGGCAGAUCCAAACAGACACACUACUAGACACUUCAAAAGAUCAGUAGUACAGAUAGUGUCUUUAUAAAACAUGAAUCAUAUUAGAUGAUCUUAGGAGCACAAACCAUAAAUUAAUACCCUAUAUUACACGGUGUACAAAAUCUGCUAUGCCAGUAAUCUGGUCAGAGUU